AUGACUUUACGACUUUUCGGAUUUGCUCAUAUUGUGGAUGUAGAAGUUGAUCGUACUGCUAUGACUAGCCAUCACAACGCAUCUGCCGUCGCAGUCGGCAUUGCACCUGACAAUCAGUCUGUGUGCAUUAUUGAUGCUAGUCAAGUUGAAUUAUGGAGGUGGCGUAUCCCAAUGCUAAAUGUGUUCCGGUUGGGUACUGUAUUGUUAGGUUUUCAUAACCGGGAAAACAACAUGAAAGUUGGAAGUACAAAAAUCUUGAGAUUCCAAAAUACUAAAGGCAUGUUACAAAGUAUUUUAGAUGUGUCUGAAUUUUUAACGGCUUUAAAAAUGUGCCAGUCUAUAAAACCAUCUCGCUCAACAGCUUCAGCAGGUAGUGAUAAUGAGAAGGUGUCAGUAUUUGAUGCAAGGACCGAAGUCGCAUCUGCUACACAAUACUUUCAGUUUUAUGGAUACUUAUCUCAACAGCAGAAUAUGAUGCAAGAUUAUGUUCGAACAUCAACAUAUCAGCGAGCUAUCCAUAUAAAUUCAAAGGAUUUCCGGGAUAAGGUAGUAUUAGAUGUAGGAGCAGGGAGUGGCAUUCUUUCGUUUUUUGCUGUGCAGUCUGGUGCUCGACAUGUGUAUGCAGUUGAAGCAAGUUCUAUGGCGAUACACUGCGCGGAACUUGUUAGAUCUAAUAACUUGACUGAUAAAAUUACAAUCGUUGCUGGACGUGUAGAAGAUGUUUCAUUACCCGAACCUGUUGAUAUCAUCAUAUCAGAACCUAUGGGUUAUAUGUUGGUAAAUGAGCGAAUGCUUGAGAGUUACAUACACGCCAAAAAAUUUCUUAAAAUGGGAGGUCGAAUGUUUCCAUCUAGAGGAGAAUUGCAUUUUGCUCUGUUUAACGAUGAAGCUCUUUAUAUUGAACAAACCUCCAAGGCGAAUUUUUGGUGUCAAGAAAACUUUCAUGGUGUCAACUUAUCCAGUUUACGACCUCAAGCACUUGCUGAAAUAUUCAAACAGCCAGUUGUGGAUACUUGGCAUUUGAACUGUUUAAUGACUGGAAGUGUUAAAUGGAUCAUUGAUUUUGAAAAAGAUUCUGAAUCAAGUUUGCAUAAAAUAUACAUACCGUUUGAUUUAAUGGUAACGAAAGCUGGACAUGUUCAUGGAAUUGCUUCUUGGUUCGAUGUCGCUUUUGUGGGGUCAACGGAAACAAUUUGGCUAUCUACGGCACCUACAGAACCAUUGACACAUUGGUAUCAAGUACGUUGUCUUUUUAAUAGGCCUUUAAUGGUUUAUGCUGGUCAAAUAGUACGAGGUGCCAUCGAAAUGAUUGCCAAUGAAAGGCAAAGUUAUGAUGUUAAUAUAUGGGCAGAAGCAGGUUCAUAUCGUGUAAGCAACACUUUGGAUUUGAAGAAUCCUUUAUUUCGAUAUACAGGAACGGCAGUCAUCCCUCCUACUGGUUGUACUAAUGAAUCUCCAUCUGAUACAUUAUUACAAAACACUGGAUUAUUAGCGAGCACGGAAGCUAAUCAUAUAGACUACAGUGUGCAGAAUAUGAUCAAUGGUUUGACUGAUGGUUACUGUACUCACGCACACACAGUUGAUAUCAGAUCUGCUGUCAGUAAUCUACCUUUAACUGCUGAUAUGCAUAUAUCUCCUGCACAAGACGUGAAUCGCGAUAUUUUUCGAAUACUUACUCAGUCUCAUUCUCAAAUUAUGCAUGGACAAAAUGUGAUGAAACCAGGACGUUAA